AUGGACCACACUGCUGCCGCGAAAGACUUCCGCCGUUUCAUUCAGGAGCUGGAAGAUGAAGGGGAGCUCUUGACAAUCACCAAAGAAGUCGACCCCAACCUGGAGCUCGCAGCCAUCGUGCGAAAAGUGUGUGAAACUGGAGAGCGAGCCCCGUUGUUCACAAACCCUAAAGGGCGUAAGGACGACGGAUUGUUUCGCGUCCUCGGGGCCUCCAUAGGGUACAGUAAGCGUCCUGGAAUGCAGCUUUGUCGGUUGGAUAAGUCGCUUGGGCUUCCAUCAUCUGCUACUGGCCACAAGAUCGUCCAGAAGAUCAAUGAGGCCAAGUCAAAGCCUCCAAUCCCAUGUCGGAAACUCGAGUCGGGCCCCGUCAAAGACCAUAUUAUUCAUGGUGACGAUAUAGAUCUGACACAGUUGCCUGUCCCACUCUUGCAUGAGCAUGAUGGAGGCAAAUUCAUCGAAACAAUGGGCAUGCAUGUGGUCCAGAGCCCUGAUGGAAAAUGGACUAAUUGGUCCAUCAGUAGGGGCAUGGUUCACGGCAAGCGUGAGCUGGUUGGACUGGUGAUACCUAGACAGGACAUUGGGACAAUAUGGAAUCUUUGGAAGGAGAAAGGCGAAGACAUGCCAUGGGCUUUAUGUUUCGGAGUGCCACCUGCAGCUAUCAUGGUUGGCGGCAUGCCCAUUCCCAAGUGGACCAACGAGCCGGAAUUCAUCGGUGCCUUGACCGACGCUCCAGUUGACAUUGUUAAGUGUGAAACAAACGAUCUCUGGGUGCCGGCCAAUGCAGAGAUUGUCCUUGAAGGCGUGGUUUCGAUUAGUGAAACUGCUCCAGAAGGCCCCAUGGUCGAAUAUAAUGGCAUGGUUUUCCCCGGACACAAAACUCAGUGCCCUAUUUUCAAGGUCAACACCAUUACAUACCGUCACGAUCCGAUUCUUCCAAUAUGCGUCGCAGGCCGAGCUCCAGACGAAAAUUCCACCAUCUGGUGUACAAUGCAGGCUGCGGAGGUCCUCAACAUUUGUCAGAAGGCCGGCCUCCCAAUCAAUAUGGUUUGGUGUCCGUUUGAAUCACAUUGCUUGUGGUUUGUUCUUCAGGUGAAUCACUCGAAAUUAGUGGAAAUGCGCACGAAUAUGGAGGAAUUCUGCCGCAAAUUAGGGCAUGUCGUAUUCGGUUCCAAGCCAGGAUGGUUUAUCCCGAAGAUCUUCUUGGUAAAUGACUACAUUGAUCCAACCAAUCUCCCAGAUGUCAUCUGGGCUGAAGCAACACGUUGUGAACCUGGCAGGCAUGAGUUCAUUUUCACCGAAUAUUCUAACAUCCCCCUCAUACCCUAUGUCACACACGGCUUGCCAUCCAAGUCCGGAAAGAAUGGGAAAGUUGUCAAAUGCUGUAUGCUGCCCAGUGAAUUUACAGAAAAAACGCUGCCAUGGAAAGAAGGGUCUUUCCAGGGUGCCUACCCGGAGGAUGUUAAGCGAAAGGUGCUUGAUAACUGGACAGCGUAUGGAUUCCAGCCUCUCUAG